ACACUGCCAACAUCCUUCCCCCACUCCCAUUUUAUCCACAAAAUUUCAAACGAUUUUCUGAACCCUUAGAGUAUUUAUUUGUCUUUUAAAUGGGGAAGCUGAAGUGGGGAGCAAUUGAACGGAAGCAACCCUCUUCGUUAAAUCCUUUACUCCGCUAAAUCCGUUUGCUUUUGCUACUACUCGAGUCCACAUGGCUGUCCAAAACUCCUCUUACAAGGUGAUAAUGCUGAAGAACUGUCCAUCAUUCAGGAAAACUCCACCCGUUAGCUUCCUGUAUCUCAGAAAAUGUUCAUCAUCUCAAGUGCUAUCUCUAUUAUCUCUGUUAAAUGUGAGACACUAUUCUACCUACCCUGGUCCUGAAAUCUGUUCAUCUGCAAAAAGAAGGUCUCGUGGACCUGUUAUGGCAGCAAAAAAGGCGUCUGAAGGAUUAAAGAAGGAUGAUGGAAAAUACAAACACACGGUUGACCUACCAAAGACAACAUUUGGCUUGAGGGCAAAUUCUACAGUAAGGGAGCCUGAGAUUCAGAAAUUGUGGGAUAAGCAUCAGGUGUUUAAGAGAGUUGUUGAUAGGAAUGAUGGAGGUAGUUUUAUUCUCCAUGAUGGUCCUCCUUAUGCUAAUGGUGAUUUGCACAUGGGGCACGCUUUAAAUAAAAUUUUGAAGGAUAUUAUAAACCGUUACAAGCUUCUUCAAAAUUCUAAGGUUCAAUACGUUCCAGGGUGGGAUUGUCAUGGCUUACCAAUAGAACUAAAAGUAUUGCAGUCACUAGAUGAGGUUGCCAGGAAGGAGCUGACACCAUUAAAGUUGAGGAAAAAGGCAGCAAAAUUUGCCACUGCAACUGUGAAAGCUCAAAUGGCAUCAUUUAGGAGAUAUGGAGUAUGGGGAGACUGGGAUCAUCCUUAUCUAACUCUUGAUCCGGAGUAUGAAGCUGCACAGAUUGAAGUAUUUGGCAAAAUGGCUAUUCAAGGGUUUAUCUAUAGGGGAAGAAAACCAGUUCACUGGAGUCCGUCAUCACGCACUGCUCUUGCUGAAGCAGAGUUGGAGUAUCCUGAAGGGCAUGUUUCCAACAGCAUGUAUGCCAUUUUUAAACUAGUCAAUGCUCCGAAUUUGUGCAAUUUAUUGGAGGAAUUCUUCCCUAAUUUGUGCUUGGCUAUCUGGACCACAACUCCAUGGACUAUACCUGCUAAUGCUGCUGUUGCAGUGAAUCCUAAGCUUCAAUAUGCCAUUGUUGAAGUGCAAUCGGGUUCCACAGAUAGUUCUACAUUGUCUGGCAAUGCAAAAAAGAAACUUGGCAAUGUUUUUGAAGAAUAUGAGAAGCUGUUCCUUAUUGUGGCAUUAGACCUUGUACCAACUCUAGAAGCAAAAUGGGGCAAAAAACUUCUUAUAAAGAAAAAACUGUUGGGUUCGGAUCUCGAAAAUUGCAGCUAUGUUCAUCCAAUAGAUGGCAGAGACUGUCCUGUUGUCAUUGGUGGUGAUUACAUCACAACAGAAUCAGGAACUGGAUUAGUUCAUACUGCUCCUGGUCAUGGCCAGGAGGAUUAUGUAACUGGCCUCAAAUAUGGUCUACCUAUUCUUUCCCCUGUGGAUGAUGAUGGGAAAUUCACAGAAGAAGCUGCACAGUUCAAUGGGCUUGAUGUGCUUGGUGAUGGAAAUACUGCAGUUAUAGAAUACUUGGACAAGCAUUUAUCAAUGCUUAUGGUGGAACCCUACAAACACAAGUAUCCAUAUGAUUGGAGGACAAAAAAGCCCACGAUUUUUAGGGCAACUGAACAAUGGUUUGCAUCAGUGGAAGGAUUCCGUAAUGCUGCAAUUGAUGCAAUCAGCCAAGUGACAUGGAUUCCUUCUCAGGGAGAAAAAAGAAUCAUUGCAAUGACUUCAAGCCGUUCUGAUUGGUGUAUAUCACGGCAAAGGACAUGGGGUGUUCCCAUUCCAGUGUUUUACCAUGUGGAAACAAAGGAGCCACUGAUGAAUGAAGAAACCAUUGAUCAUGUCAAAUCUAUAAUUUCUCAAAAGGGUAGUGAUGCAUGGUGGUAUAUGACGGUAGAGGAAUUACUUCCUGAUACUUAUCAUGAUAAAGCAUCAGAUUAUGAAAAAGGGACUGAUACAAUGGAUGUUUGGUUUGACUCAGGGUCUUCGUGGGCUGCUGUGCUGGAGAAAAGAAAUGGACUCAGUUCUCCUGCAGAUUUGUAUCUUGAGGGUACAGAUCAGCAUCGCGGUUGGUUCCAAAGCUCGUUGUUGACAAGUGUUGCUACUAAAGGAAGGGCUCCAUAUUCUGCUGUUGUAACUCAUGGGUUUGUCUUGGAUGAGAGAGGAUUUAAGAUGAGUAAAUCUCUGGGCAAUGUUGUUGAUCCAGUUACAAUCAUUGAAGGAGGAAAAAACAAAGUGGAAUCUCCUCCUUAUGGUGCUGAUGUCCUAAGACUCUGGGCUUCUAGCAUAGAUUAUACUGGGGAUGUGAUGAUUGGGCAUCAAGUCCUCCGUCAAAUGUCUGAUAUCUACCGGAAAUUACGGGGAACUCUAAGAUUUCUUUUGGCAAACCUUCAUGACUGGAAAGUUGAUUAUGUUGUUCCAUAUCAUGAACUUCCAAAGAUUGAUCAGCAUGCAUUAUUUCAGCUUGAGAAUGUUGUCAAGAACAUUAAGGAGAGUUAUGAACAAUAUCAAUUCUUCAAAAUUUUUCAGAUUAUUCAACGCUUUGUGAUCGUCGAUCUCUCAAACUUUUACUUUGACGUUGCCAAAGAUCGUCUUUACGUUGGGGGAACAACGAGCUUUACAAGGAGGAGUUGCCAAAGUGUCCUUGCAGAACACUUACUUUCCCUAGUAAAGGUGGUUGCGCCCAUCCUCCCGCAUUUGGCUGAGGAUGUUUGGCAACAUCUUCCUUUUCAAUAUACUAAUGAAGAAGGGCAAAUUGCAAAAUUUGUCUUUGAGUCAAGAUGGCCUAUAAUUAAGGAAAGAUAUCUCGCUUUUCCUGUCGAAGAAGUCAAUUUUUGGGGGAAAAUUCUUGAGCUAAGAACUGAGGUAAAUAAAGUGCUAGAGGUUGCUCGAUCUGGGAAGCUAAUUGGUUCAAGUUUAGAGGCGAAGGUCUACCUCCACACAUCAGAUGAUACCCUAGCUGCAAGAUUGACAGAAGCUUGUAAAUCUGAAACUGAUGCUGAUACGCUACCUCGUAUAUUCAUUACAUCUCAGGUGGAGGUUCUUCCAUCCCUGGAAAACGAGCUUACUGAAGAUGCAUCAUACACAGGAGAAUUUCUCAUUGGAGGAAAAGACACAGUAUGGAUUCGCGUAACGCGUGCAGCGGGCUCAAAAUGUGAACGAUGUUGGAAUUUUUCGCCUCAAGUUGGCUCUUUUGAUGAGCACCCUUCACUUUGCAGCCGUUGUUACAAUGUUGUCGCCGGUCAGCCAGAACCUGCUCUGGCAGCUGUGAGCUGAAAAACUUGGGGAGGUGAAAGCCCUCCCUGAUAAGCUUUUUGAAAGCCAUAUUUGAAUCACUCUCAGUUCAGCCAAGCUAUCAUUGGGCCUCGCAAGUUAGCUACAAGAAAUUCUCGGAUUUCAUUAUUUUGAAGAAGACCCAAAUUUUGGAAGUUGCAAGUUUUGGUGUCAAUUGAUAUGUAAAUACAUUGAUCUGAACAGCUUAGAGGCAAUUCUGGGGGGAGUAGUACAUCCCAUUUACUGUUAGGAAAACCAGUAAUUAUAUUCAAAACAAGGGAUGUGUAGAAACAUUAGAAAGCUGUGAGUGUUUUAGCUGAUCAGUGCAAGAAGCAUUUUCAAGAUUUCUAAUGCAAAAACUGUUCCAUCUGCUUCCUUUA